CUAUGGCCCCAGCAACCCUCCGCUUUCCCGCCUUUUUCUAUGGCGAGGCAAGAUAUGGCAACUUAUUAAUCAGUGCGGCGCCGAAAGUUAUAUGCCCGUGAUCCGAGGAGAGAGCGCAGCGCACACACGCAGCCACGCCGGAAAGCGCAGCCCAUCCGCAGCCAAACCGCAGGAAGGCGAUCUCCGUUCGCCCAUUCGUUCCGUUUGCCAGAUUGCCAGCUGGCCAGCUUCGCGCCGUGAAAAGUCCGUGCCGUGCCGUACCGUACCGUACCGUGCCACCCCCGAUCCUCGUCUCGUAUUCCCCCGUAUCCGCGUUCAAGUGAAACAGCAGCAGGAGCAGCACAGAGGCACUAUGAGCGGCAGCGAGGCCGCCAGCGAGCCGCAGGAGCUGGGCGCUGAGGUGGUCAGCGGCUCUGCGGCGCCGCAAGAUGACAGCCAGGAGGUGGCCAAGGCCAAGUACACGAACCUGUGCCGCGAGCUCAACAUGGACCGUCAAACGGAGAUCGAUGGCUUCGAGAUGUACUUGAAGGUGUCGCAGCGGUGUUCCCUGGAGGGCGAGUCCAUGCACUGGCUGUGCUGUGCUCUGUACGCCGCCUGCCGCAGAUCCAGCACGCCCACAGUCAUUGGCCAGGAUGCGGUGGUGCGGGGCAAUUGUGUCUCCCUGAACAACCUGCUGCGCUGCUGCCAAAUGAGCAUCUACGACUUCAAAACCAAGAUCAAGCUGUGGUGCGACAUGGCCAACCUGCCGCAGGAGUUUGUCAACGAGAUCGAGGUCCUGGACCGCAAGUUCAGCAUUACCUUUACGCUGUACAAGCGCUUCCGCACCAUCUUUGACCUGAUCUUUGUGUGUCCGCCCAACGAGAAGAAGCACUCCAAGUACACCUCGCUGCACUCGAGCCAUGCCAAUGGCAAGUGCUCCUUCCUCAAGCUGGACGACUUCUGCUGGCGCCUGUUCCUCUGCGCCAAGAACCAGAAGCCCAGCAACACCGUUGACCUGGUCAGCUCCUUCAACCUGAUGAUCUGCUGCAUCGAUCUGAUAUACAACAAUGUGCUGGCCGAGAAGCGCACCGAUCUCAUCAAUCCCAAGUUCGAGGGCCUGCCGCCCGGCUGGACAGAGCUGGACUUUCGCCACAAGCAGUGCUGCAUCUUGGGCCACUUUUGCGACAUGACCGACGAGGCCAAGGCCAUGAAGGCCACCACCUUCCGUGAAAUCAUGUCGAGCUUCUUUCAGACUUCGACCAUCUAUGGCAGCAAGGACUCCAUGCUGGGCCUGCUGGCCAACGAGAACUUCGAGCGCAACCUCAAGUCGCUCAACAUCAGCUACGAGCAGUAUGUGCUGAGCGUGGGCGAGUUCGACGAGCGCAUCCUGAGCGCCUACGAUGCCGGCGAACACACGGGCCUCAAUGACCAGGCUUUGCGUCCGCCGGUGACGCCGCUUACCCGCAUGCAGGACCUGCCCGCCCAGCCGGCCAUGGCCGGUGAUAAAUUCGAGCCCGUCCGCAAUGCCACCAACAAUGUGAAGCAGCUGAUUGCCUUUGGGCGGAUCACGGAGCCCACGGAGUUUGUCAAGCAAGCCGGCGAAGAGGUGAUUGCCAAGCUGCUGACCAUCAUCGAGGACCUUAAGCAAAAGUUUCUCGCCAAAUACCCCUCGACGGAGGCCAAGAGCCGCUUUCGGCUGGCCAAAUCCUUCUACUUCUACCUGCUGGACAAGAUCCUGCAGGCGGAGAUCCGGAACAAGCCCGACAUCGAUCUCAAGCGGAUGCUGGUGCAGAAGAUCUCGCUGGACAUCUUCAACAUCACGCUGCUGGCCUGCUGCGUGGAGCUAGUGCUGGAGGCCUACAAAACGGACUUCAAGUUCCCCUGGGUGCUCGAGUGCCUUGGCAUCAGUUCGUUCGAGUUCCAGAAGAUCAUUGAGAUUGUGGUGCGGCACGGCUCCCACGAGGGCUGCCUGAAUCGUUCGCUGAUCAAGCACCUCAAUGCCAUCGAGGAGACGUGCCUGGAGCGUUUGGCCUGGUCGCAUAGCUCGCUGGUGUGGUUUUUGAUUGCCUCGGCACCGCCGCCGCUGGCCACCUCGCUGGUGGUGAAUCGGGAUCGCACUGCCGGCCCGCUGCAGAUCUUCCUGCGCAAGGUCUAUCUGCUGGGCUGGCUGCGCAUCCAGAAGCUAUGCCUGGAGCUGGGCCUGUGCGAGAAGGCGUCCGAGUGCAUCUGGCACAUCUUUGAGCACUCGAUCACCCACGACACGGACCUGAUGAAGGACCGUCACCUGGACCAAAUCAUCAUGUGUGCAAUAUAUAUCUACAUUAAGGUCAAGAAAAUGGAGGAGCCCAAGUUUAGUGACAUCAUGCGGGCGUAUCGCAACCAGCCGCAGGCGGUCAACAGCGUCUACCGCGAGGUCUUCAUCGUCACCUACGACAACGGCGAGCCCAAGGUGCGCGACAUCAUCCACUUUUACAACAACGUGUAUGUGCCCAUCAUGCGGCAGUUUGCCAUCGAUUACCUGAAUGUGGCCCCGGAUGUGAGUGGCCGCACCACGGACCUGCUUUUGUCGCCGCAUCCCAAGGAGCGGGCUGCCCAGCCCAAGAAGGUCACACAGAGCCACUCGCUGUUUGUCACCCAGAUGCCCAAGAACGACAUUCAGCUGCAGCAGUCGCCCAACCAGAUGGUCUACAGGUUCUACCACAGUCCCGCCAAGGACCUGCAACUGAUGAACGAGAAGGUGCGCGGCGGCAAGCGGAUGCUCAGCUUUGGCGACGAUGGCGUGACGGAAUCCAAGCGCUCGCUGGGAUCAGGCGGGGGCGGGGAGCACGAUACAUAGACAGGGGGCAGCUUAGACUUAGUUUAUUGAAAAAGCAAGAAAACCAGAAAACCCUGAAAACAAAAAACAACAAAAAAACUUAAACUAAACAAAAAAAAAAAAAAACAGCCUGUGCCAGCGGAGACACCCUUUUGGCCCACGCUCUCGACUCUUUUAUGAUUGUUUUUAUAUUAUUUUUUUUUAGCUCGACAUGUUAGCUUAGGCCCCACCAGCAAGGCAACCCACAAACCCAGCAGUUGCUGGGGGAGGAGCACCCCCAUUCGAGAUGCUUGCUGGGAAUUUUAGUAAAUAAAAACCACACACACACACAAACACACACACACAUCCCUAACAAGUCAAAGUAAACCCACACAUUUAUAUAUACACGCAUAUAUACAAAAUAUACUUUUUAAAAAUUAAA